AUGUGGAGACACAGGUACCACUGCACACUGUUGGGGCCUGGGCCGGAUUUCACACAUCUGCAAGCAGACCUUUCCGGAGCUCUGCCAGCCGACCCCACGGUGUCCUCUACCACUGGGCCCCUAGGGUCUCACUACGAAACAAAGUGUGUCGUCCUCAGCUACUUGGGAGUCCUCUCUCAGGAGAAGCCGCGGGACCAACAUCUUUCCUCACCCCAAGGGAUACGACACGAUAUGGCUUCACAAUCUCUGGAUCAAGAAAUUUUAUUAAAAGUUAAAACUGAAAUUGAAGAAGAGCUAAAAUCCCUGGACAAAGAAAUUUCUGAAGCCUUCACCAGCACAGGCUUCACCCGGCACUCUUUGCCUGUGUUCAGCCCCACAAACCCUGACAGCUCCGCAGAGGACCGCUUGGCCCGCCUUGGGGAGAAGGCGUCGCAGGAGCUGAGGGCGCCUCUGCCGGGGCCUUGCAGACCCGAACUGCAGGGAGCACCCAGGCCAGCGACGUACCAGGCACGUCGGGAAUGUACGCUGGAGACCACAGCUCACGCCAGCGGCCGGAAUAAGACGUUGGUGCCUCUGAUUCUGCUACGACCAGUGCUCUUGGGGUUGACAAGGCGAGCUCAGGAACCUUGGAGCGCGUCGCUGCAGUUUGGAGCGACUCUCCCGGAGGACCACGCCGCCGAGCGCAUCACGCAGCAGGGUGGCUAGGGCACUGCCUUUAACCUGCAGUCCGCGGAGGAGGACGAGGAGCGCCCCGCGGAGGACAGCAACGACACCGACAUCCCGCCCGGAGGCGGCGCCCCGCUCGCCAGCCCCACCGAGGCUCCGGCGCCCGCGACAGCGUCCUGGCGGGCCGAGGGCCUCCCCGUGUCGCUGUCCAGCAGCCAGAGCUGGCGCACCGAGAGCCCACCGGAGUCCCCGGCUCCCGAGUCCUGGCAGCAGGUCGCAGCGGACCCCGAAGAAGUCGAGAGCUUGGACAACAACGGGGCUGGAGAGAAGAGCGAGGGCAACUCCGCCAACUCGGACCUCGCGCACGUGGAGGAGGAGGAGGUGCCCGAGGGCGCGGAGACGGCGGCCCCUGCCCUGACGGCGGCCGGGGAGCCUGGCCCCGAGGGGUCGGCCGGCCAGACAGCCCGUCCCACGACAUCUCUGUCCGCGGAACUUGCUGAAGAAGAGGCGGGAGCGGCCGCGUCUGAAGCUGCUGAGCUGGAGCAGGAGGGGGUCCCGCCGCUAGGGCCCCCGGGGGAGCCCCCAGCAGCCCCGCCGGGCGGAGAGCAGGCGGCCCGCGGCCUUGAGCCGACGGGGCCUCGCCGGCCGGCAGCGUCCCUCUUGCUGGGCAUCGCUGUCCGUGACCUGGACUAG